UAUUUAAAUGCAGUUUGUUUAUACUUUAUUCCAGGUCUAUAGAAGCAUAAAGUUAGGCUGAGAGUAUAAAAAGUCCUGAAUAAUAGUUAAAAAUACGUAUUAUACAGAGAUAUAGAGAUAUUGAAAAUGGCACAACUACCUUUUGAAAACGUGCACUUAGCACCAAAAGAUGAAAUGCGUAUAGUGUUACUUGGAAAAACAGGUAAUGGAAAAAGCAAAACAGGAAACACAAUUUUAGGAAAGAAAGAAUUCAAAUCUGCAUGCAGUGGUCAGUCAAUGACAGCAAUAUGCGAUUUAGGGGUGGUAAAGAGAUUCGGAAGGACUUUGAACGUUGUAGAUACGCCAGGAGUGUUUGAUACAAGGAAAGAUAAUGAUAACACUCAAAAGGCAAUAGAAGGUUUCAUUCAUCUAACAACGCCAGGCCCACAUGCUUUCAUCAUAUGUGUGCAAAUGUGGCGUUUUACUGGAGAAGACGUAGCUACUGUCGAUCAUUUUGUAAGCCAUUUCGGUGAACCAUUGAUGCGGUAUGUUAUAGUCUUGUUUACCAGAUUUGAUGACUAUAAACGUGUUAUGGAAGAUCAAGGUAUAGAAAUAGGUCAUGAUGGCGAAAUUAUUGACAACUUUAUAAAAACACUGACAGAUGUUCCCAGAAAUUUUCUUCAAAAAUGCAACAAUCGGCACAUUGCAUUCGAUAAUACUUUAAAAGGUAAUGAAUCAGAUGAGCAAGUCAGAAGAUUAAUAAAUCUUAUUGAGAAAAUGGAUAAGGAUAAUGGAGGAUCCCAUUAUACAAAUGAUGAUUACAGGAAGGCCGAGAAAAUUCUCCAGGAUAAAAUUGCAGAAGAGAAGGCACAAAAAGAGCGAGAAAGGCUUGCAUUGCAGCAAAGAAUACGAAACGAAACAGACGCAGAGUUGCGGAAGGAAUACCAACAAAGAGAGAACAAAAUUAUAGAUGAAAUUAAUAACAUUCGCAAUGAAAUUAGGCGCGCACGAUCAAAAAAAGAUUGUACUAUCCUAUAAUAAACGAUUAGUAACUAACAAGCUUAAAAAUCAGACUUUAUACAUUGAAACGUGGACUAUAGUUUAUACAUGAAGUGUUGCAUUUUUCUUUAAAAUUUUCACAUAUUGUAACAAAGGAGUAUUGAUGUUAAGAUAUAAAAAUGAAUAAAAUAUGUGAAUGUCAAAAAUAAAAUAGGAAACUGCCUUUGGUGUAUUUUCA